GCGGCGACUCGCAAUCCCAGCCGCUGCCGCGCCGUUACGGCGAGCGCCCGCGCCGGUACCUGCGUCCGGUGACAUGUUGCAAAAACCGAGGAGCCGGGGCCGCUCUAGCGCCCAGGACGAGAGGGGCAGAGACAGGAGCUGCGACGGAGACACCCGAGCUUCCAGAGGCGGCGUCGCCGACGAGGCCCCGAGCACGUCCCGCGGGCCGGGCGGCUCGCAGGAGGCCAUGGGCACCUCGCCUCAGGGCGCCCGCCAGGCCCGGGCCGCCCCCACAGUGGGGCCCAGGACCCAGAAGCAGCUGGAGCUGAAGGUGGCCGAGCUGGUGCAGUUCUUGCUGAUUAAGGACCAGAAGAAGAUUCCGAUCAAGCGGACCGACAUACUGAAGCACGUCAUUGGAGACUACAAGGACAUCUUCCUGGACCUUCUCAAACUGGCUUCCGAGCGCCUCCAGUACGUCUUUGGGUACAAGCUGGUGGAGCUUGAACCCAAGAGCAACACCUACAUCCUGAUCAACACCCUGGAACCCGUGGAGGAGGAUGCCGAGGUGAGAGGUGAUCAAGGUACGCCCACCACUGGCCUUCUGAUGAUUGUUUUAGGGCUCAUCUUUAUGAAGGGCAACACCAUCAAAGAGACUGAAGUCUGGGACUUUCUGCGGCGGUUAGGGGUGUACCCCACCAAGAAGCAUUUAGUAUUUGGGGACCCAAAGAAACUCAUUACUGAAGACUUUGUGCGACAGCGUUAUCUGGAGUACCGGCGGAUACCCCACACUGAUCCUGUAGACUACGAAUUCCAGUGGGGCCCCCGAACCAACCUGGAAACGAGCAAAAUGAAAGUUCUUAAAUUCGUGGCCAAAGUCCAUAAUCAAGACCCCAAGGACUGGCCGGCGCAGUACUGUGAGGCUUUGGCAGAUGAGGAGAAGCGGGCCAGACCUGAGGCUAGUGGCCCAGCCCCAUCCUCUUGAGAUCUGAAAAGGAUUCAGAGGAACUCCUGGGACAAGGGUCUGAGACCCAAAAGCACAAUGCUCUACGUAUAUGGGAAGGGGGACCUAGGGAGCAUAUUUGUCUAGGGCUUAAAUGUGUGUAGCUUUAAGAUGUGUGUGCAAAGCUUUGUUCUUUUAAUAUUGUAUUGUUAUUCGGUUCCAAGUUUUCAUUUACAGACAGAGAAGCAUUUAUUUUUACUUUUUUGCGGUAUAAAAAUUUGCUAGCUUAGUAAAUGAAUUGGAAAACUACUGUGAUCUGGAACCGUUUAUGUAAGAAGGAACACAUAAGUAAAUGUUUUGGUGCCAAGAAUAUAAAAGCAGAGUAGCUACUACCUGGUUUCUUAACUACCCUAGUUUGUAAAGAAAAAUAAAAGUCUUCAUAAAAUUAA